CCAACGGCUGCUGCGCUGUGCCUGUCACCCUGCGGUCCCACUGCUUCUACAGCACAGGCUGUGUUUGCUUUCACAUCUGUUUGGGUGCUGACAAAGUUCGUGUCUUCACUAGAAAGGUCUCAGCAUGGACUGUAGGAAGAAUAAAACUAAUGGAGAGAAGGAAGAAGAGUUUUUAGUGCAAAAUAGUGCUCCAACUCUUGAGUCACCUUCCACUGUAGCUGUAGCAGAGUACAGUAACUAUCAAUCCACUGUCUCUGAGAGUCUGCCACCAAAUCAAGAAGGGAUACAAAGCAUCACAAGUGAAACGGGUGGCAUGGCAGAGGCACAGAAUACUGCAGGGCAGAUGCAAGGUCUCCAGUCUCACCAAAACAUUUCUUCAAAAGGUUUUGAUGCCAAUGUCAGCUCCAAUAGUGGUAAUCAAUCAGAGACAGAGCAUGCUGAAAAUGUGUUUAGAGGCCAAAAAAACCUUCAAAAUGCUCAGGGAAGAGACAGUUCCUCCAAAAAGCAGAAAACAAGCCUCAAAACAUCUCUGAACAUCAAAAAGAAGAAUAAAAGUAGAAAAUGUGAGCAAAGUGGAGAGAGGGAGUCUGAUCUAAAAGAACAUGAUAAUCAUUUGCCCAAAGGCUGCAAAUGGAGUUUUCAAGUGUCUGACUUGCAAAAUUUGAGUAGCACUGAGUGCAUAACAAUUCUCCAAGAAAAAAUGCAGGAAAUCCAGAAACGCUACCGGUUGCUGAAAGCUGAGUUGGCUGCCAUUGACCGGACAAAGCAUUUAAAGAAAAAAAAGCUGGAAAGGGCUGCUGCCACAUCAAGUUCUUCACCAAAUGGAAUGCCAGCGGAAUGCAGCAGAAAGCAAAAGUGUGGCCCACCAUUAAUGCAGCACCAGUCAAAACAGAGCUGAAUUUUGAUUCCUGUUCAUUAUGGUAGUUCAAAAAUGUCAAAGCAAGCUCCUGAAAAUAUUUACUGACUCCUUGUAUCAUAUGUCUUGAGGUCAGAUUCAUUGGAAUCAAAAUUGGAAUAAAUACGCUAGUGUUCUCUGCUUA